UGUGAAUUCCAGCGGGUCGCACUCGUAUAAACGCAAAUAAAAUUGUAAACGGGAGCUUUUCCUUUCUCGGUCACCAGAAGGAGAAGGAAAUGAGCCGACAUGUCUGAGGGCGGCAAGGGGAGCUCGCUGGCCUUCGGCCAGGUGGUAAUCGGGCCUCCGGGCUCCGGGAAGACGACCUACUGCCACGGCAUGCAGGAGUUCAUGGGCAGGAUUGGGCGCAAGGUGACGGUGGUGAACCUGGACCCCGCCAACGAGGCGAUGCCCUACCAGUGUGCCGUGGACGUCGCCGAGCUCGUCACCCUGCCCGACGUGAUGGAGAACCUGAAGCUGGGGCCCAACGGGGGGUUGAUCUACUGCAUGGAGUACCUGGAGGCCAACUUCGACUGGCUGCAGGAGAAGCUGGCUGCGUUCCGGGGUCACUACUACUUGUUUGACUGCCCAGGGCAGGUGGAGCUCUACACCCACCACGACGCCCUGAAGAACGUCUUCGCGCGGUUGGCCAAGUGGAAUUUCAGGCUGGCUGCGGUGCAUUUGGUGGAUUCUCACUACUGCACGGACCCUGGCAAGUUCAUCUCCGUUCUCUGCACCUCGCUCUCCACCAUGCUGCACGUGGAACUGCCCCACGUCAACAUCCUCUCCAAGAUGGACCUGAUCGAGCAAUACGGCAAGCUGGCUUUCAACCUGGAUUAUUACACAGAGGUCCUGGACCUCUCCUACCUGGUGGACCAUUUAGCUUCCGACCCCUUCUUCAGAAACUACCGCCGCCUCAAUGAGAAGCUGGUGGAGGUGAUCGAGGACUACAGCCUGGUGUCCUUCGUUCCGCUCAACGUCCAGGAUAAGGAGAGCAUGCGGCAGGUGAUGCAGGCGGUGGACAAAGCCAACGGCUAUUCCUUCGGAGACCAGGAGCACAGGAGCCUGGAAGCUCUGAUGUCGGCGGCGGUGGGAGCCGAUUUCCACUUCACUUCCACACUUGCAGUGCAGGAGAAGUAUGUGCAAUCUCAGGACAAAGCCGUGAAGGAAGAAGUGAUGGAUCUGUAACACGCCCACCUCUUCCACAGCCGCUCUCGGUUUUGACACCUCUCCUUUUCCUGCCAGGAGCUUCAGGGAUCUCCGCGUCGCGUGACUCGGACGGAGGGAAAGCCUUUCCGGGCGGAGGUCUGGCUGCCGGACUCCCUCUCGAAGGGUUUGACCUCUUGGGCUUCAGCCCCGCUGCACAGAGCAGCGUUUUUGCGGAAGGGCGAUGGCUGAGUUGCAAAGCCGCGGUUCGCAAGAGAGGAGAAGCAAGAUAAAGGCUCCUCCUCCCCAUCAUGACCAAGGCAGAGCCAGAGAAAGAAAAAUCAGUUUGAGCGGUGAGACUUGAGACGAAAGUUCUUGGUUUACAGCAUAGGAGGGGUGUGCGUGGGCCUCGUACUCGGAGGAGUAUUCAGGCUAAGCAGCCUCGUCUGUCUCAAGGAGGACAGAAAAGAUGGUUGUUUUUCUUUUUUUUUUUUUAAAUAAUGAUGGACUCUUUCUUAAUAAACACUCCUUCGUCUCGCUUUCA